AUGGAGACGCCGUCGCCGCCACCGCCACCGCCACCGCCGCCGCACGGCAUCCAAUUCGCCGCCCAUUUGAUCUCAACAUUUUACGGGGACUUGUGCUCGAAAGUAUGCGAGUGUCUGCUUAGACGAGGAUCUUUAAGUGUAGGGUUAAUAAUCAAGCACACGCAACUGACCAGAGAAAACGUCGUCAAUUGCUUGCGCGUUUUGAUUCAUCAGAACUGCGUUCAAGCCUUCUCCUUCCAACGAAAUGAUGUUUUUGGUGAGCCACCAAAAGUUAUUACCCAGUAUAUGGCAUUGUUUGACAAUGUCAUGCACAAAUCACGGGCUCCAAAGUUUUUGCAAAUUGUAUCAGAUGAACUUGGUGAAGACUGUUUGGGAAUAUUUCAAGGGCUGAUUCAACACGGCAGGCUUUCUUUUAAGCAAAUUAUUGAGAGGAAGGAAGAGACAACAGGUAGUUUGGAUAUUCAUACCCUUCGAGAGAACUUCAAUAGACUUUUGAAUGCCCGGUUUGUUGAACGCUGUCCUGCUCCUGAUCCAUUUCUCCCACCGCUUGAAGAUGAAUCUGCUGCAAAGAAAAGGGGUUCAAAGUUAGCCAAGCUAAAUCGAAUACCCCCGAAGGAGCAGCGUGCUAUUGAUGCUGCUGCUCCACUGGAGUCAAUGAGGUUUUUGAUGGAAAUGGAUGAAAACCUGGAAAAAAAUGAUGAGGAGAAUGGUAAGAGCGUUUCAGUUGGGGAAAAGCGCAAGCGAGCUUUAAAGUCAGAUGAGGAUGUCUUGGAUCCCAAUGAUGAAAAGAAGGAAGUCCUUUGGCGGGUUAAUUUCGAGGAAUUUAUGCACCAUAUGAGAAAAAAGGCUUGUGUUUCAUAUGUGAAGACAAAGAUUAAUGACGAAGCUAGCAUUGUGUUGGGUGCCGUUCUGGAUUUAAAUGGACGGUCGGAGAGUGGACCAACUGAGAACACUGCUUACCUGUCCCUAAAUGAGAUAUAUCCUGAGGUGAUUAAGAAAGAGGGUGGUCUUGGGAUGGACCUUGAGCGUAUCAAAGUUUCACUUGAGCAGCUUGGAUGUGAAAUCGUCUCAGCUGGGCUAGAGGAUACCUUUAGCAUCGAUAUAAGGAGAUUCGUUGAAAUGGCUCAAAAUGAAGAAGUGGAGUCAGUGGUAAUGAGAAGACAUGGAAAGGAGGCCUACAGGAUUUUCAGGUUAUUGUCGAAAGCUGGUCGUCUUGUUGAGACUGAUAAGAUUGCAGAAUCUACUUUCGUCGACAAGAAAGUUGCAAUCCAGAUCCUGUACAAGCUCUGGAAAGACGAAUUCAUUUACAUGGAGACAUUGACGGCUACUGGAGCUGGUCGACCAACAAAGUUUAAUGUGUGGGGUGUAGAUAAGCAUUCUCUUUGGGACCAAGUUCUUGAUGAGAUGUACCAUGCCGCUUUGAAUUUGAGACUCAGAAUAGCUCACGAGUAUGAACGUGGAAAAGAGGUUCUACAAUUACCUAGAGAGAAGCUCGUCGGGCAAUUCGCGAAAAAAUAUCAACUCGCUCUCAAAGUGAGGUCUAUUUUGGAAAAUUCGUCGUUGAGUUUGGAUAAUGCUAUCAUGUUAUUUCACUGUUACUGA